UCUGCGUGCAGUGAAAAUCGAAGUGAAGAGAGAAAAAAUUCAAAUUUGCACGUGAAUAAUUAAAAAUAUUGCGUAAAUUCGUGAAAAAAUGUCGAAAAAGUGCUUUUAGUUCGUAAAUCGCAGCAAAUUGCCGCGAAAUUCACCGCGAAAAGACAUUAAAAGUGCAAAAAAGUGCGAGAAAAAGUGAAAAAAAUGACAUUUACACGACGGAGCCAUACGACGACGAAAGUGCGACGCGUAUUUACGUACAUCUCGGUUGUUGUUGCUGCUGCCUCCGUCGCACUGCUACCGACACCGACAACAGCCAACCCGGAUGCCAAGCGACUCUACGAUGACCUGCUGAGUAAUUACAAUCGCCUCAUUCGACCCGUCAGCAAUAACACUGACACAAUUCUCGUCAAACUGGGUCUCCGGCUCUCACAGCUGAUCGAAUUGAAUUUAAAGGAUCAAAUUCUCACCACAAACAUAUGGUUGGAGCAUGAAUGGCACGAUUACAAGUUCCGCUGGGAUCCUACAGAAUACGGCGGCGUUACCGAGUUGUACGUGCCAUCUGAACACAUUUGGCUUCCAGAUAUUGUACUUUACAAUAAUGCGGAUGGCGAAUAUGUUGUUACAACCUUGACAAAAGCAAUUUUACAUUAUACUGGUCGAGUUAUUUGGACACCGCCAGCUAUUUUUAAAUCAUCAUGCGAAAUUGAUGUGCGCUAUUUUCCAUUUGACCAGCAAACGUGCUUCAUGAAGUUCGGCUCGUGGACCUACGAUGGCAAUCAGAUUGAUUUGAAGCACAAGGAUCAAAUAAAUAAAACGAGCAACAAAGUGGCAUACGGCAUCGAUUUGCGCGAAUUUUAUCCGAGUGUCGAAUGGGAUAUUCUCGAUGUGCCCGCAGAGCGUCAUGAAAAGUACUAUCCAUGCUGUGCCGAGCCCUAUCCCGAUAUUUUCUUCAACAUAACACUUCGUCGCAAAACCCUGUUCUACACCGUCAAUCUCAUCAUUCCGUGCGUCGGAAUUUCGUACUUGUCCAUUCUCGUGUUCUACCUUCCCGCAGAUUCCGGCGAAAAAAUCGCACUUUGCAUCAGUAUUCUCCUCUCGCAAACCAUGUUCUUCCUGCUAAUUUCCGAAAUUAUACCGUCGACGUCACUCGCGUUGCCGCUUCUCGGCAAAUAUCUGCUCUUCACAAUGAUUCUGGUCGGGCUGAGUGUCGUCAUCACAAUUAUUAUCCUCAAUAUUCAUUAUCGCAAGCCGAGUACGCACAAAAUGGCGCCCUGGGUAAGGGCGUUCUUCAUAAAGCGUCUGCCGAAGAUACUUUUUAUGCGUGUUCCGAAGGAUUUGUUGAAGGAAUUGGCAGCGAACAAGAUCAAUUAUGGCAAUAUGAAGGGGAAAUUGAAUGCAGCAGUGGCGGCUCAUACGCAAUCGACGUUAAAUUCGGGUGCGAGUAGUCCGGAUUCGAUCAGGGCGAUGCAAACGGGCGGCGGAAGAGGAUGUAACGGAUUGCAUUCGACAACGGCGACGAAUCGGUUUUCGGGACUUGUUGGAGCUUUGGGCGGCGGAUUUAGUAAUGUUGGGGGAUAUAAUGGAUUGCCGUCGGUUAUGUCGGGAUUGGAUGAUUCCUUGAGCGAUUUGGGAGCAAGGAAGAAAUAUCCGUUUGAACUUGAAAAGGCAAUUCAUAAUGUUAUGUUUAUACAGCAUCAUAUGCAGCGAAUGGAUGAAUUUAAUGCGGAGGAUCAAGAUUGGGGCUUUGUCGCAAUGGUAUUGGACAGAUUCUUCUUGUACUUGUUCACGUUCGCAUCAUUAGCUGGUCUUGCAAUUCUCGCUGAAGCUCCCUCCUUGUAUGACGACACCAAACCAAUCGAUAUCGAGUUCUCGAUUAUUGCACAAAAACUCUUCAACUUGACAAAAAGUUAAAUCAAUCACUGCGUCACACAAACUAAUUUGCUUACAAAUUUAAAAUCAAUCAGUUUUCAACAUUUUUGUCGCAUAUUAAAUUAUAGUAAAACGAGAUAAAAUUGCAUGAUUGUAUCAAAUUGAGUGAAAAUUGAGUUGGGAUAAAAAAACACAUAUUUUAUUAAUAAAAACGGCCCUUAUUCCCCACAAAACGAGAGAAAAGCGAGAAAAAAAGCCCGAGAUAAAAUAAAAACAAAUGAUAAUCAUUGUGAUUGCAAUAUAAUUGCUUUAGUCUUUAGUAGGUAGAUCCCAACCGAUUUUUCUCAUUUUUUUUUCGUCUUUUUCAUGCGGUUUUAUAUAAAAAAAUUAUUUUUUAUGACACACGAAACGAGCGAAAAAAUAGAGGCGACCACAAAAUGUACUCUCAAAUAAUGUCCUUUUUUCUGCAAUAGACAUUAUCCAAACAUUAUGAACGUAGGAAGAGUGCCAUCAUCUGUUUUAUGUUGCAAUAAUCAUAAUUUCGUUAAGCUUUUUUCCAUUCCGUGCACGAAAAUAACGCAAGCAGCAAGAGUUGAAGCAGAUAAUCGUCUUCCUCAUAUAUUUUAAUAAUAUUUUCUUCUAAUUUCGUGAAUGUACUAUAACAAUUUUUGCAUACUACUGCAUCAUUAUCAUGCAAAAUUGAGCUAAAAAAAAUAAAAAAA